UUUAUUAAACCAAUCAUUUCUUCCGAUAUUAUACACCUACUUAAACAGUCGUACUAGGUGCACGUCAUCCCGGCCGCGCGCUGCUGUUCUGGGUCACGGCGAGAAAGAAGAGGGGGCAGCUGCUCGCUUCGUGGGUUGUCGCCUCCCAACCCAGAUGAUCGCUUGCAGGUCUUUCUCCAGAGUCGAUUGUAUAUUGAAGCUUGUAUGCGCCCCAACUGCUCUUUCUAAUCCUUUGUGCCGUCUUCAGGUUCCAACCUUUCAGCUAUUUCAGGGUUAUCACCAUGAUCACAGUUUAAAUUGUGUUAUGAAAAUGGGUGGGGCCAAGAAACGGAAAGCAACUAUGCCUGUAUGGAGGCCAAUCUCCACCCAGGAAAGGUCUGAUGUUCAAUGCGAAGUCCAUGAAAUGUACAAUAAUGCAUCCUCCUGUAUGGCUGAUAUUGAAAAUGUUAGCAAGGAUGAACCAAUUUCUGGCAUGCGAACGUCUUUAACUCAAAGUGCUUAUGUGGAAAAUAGUGAUAGUCAAUCGGAACUUAUAGGAGGAAAACAAUCUAUUUUGCUUUCAUGUGAGGUAGAGAAUGCACUGGGGAGCUGUGGCUGUGAAAUUGACUCCAAGUCCAAUGAGGUGAGAUGCCAGAAAGAAGUUAUGGAGGAAACUUUACAGGAAUCAAGCUCCAACAAGUAUGCAGAGUUCGUUUGUGGAGUUGAAAAACAUUCUAUUUCUGUUGAGGUAGAUUCUUCUUUGAUUCGUUUCGUAAAAGGAAAAGGGGGCUCUGUGCAAAUGCAAAUUGAGAGAGAGACAGCAGUGAAAAUUAUAUUUCCAUCAUCAAAGGAGGACAAUUGUAUUGUUAUUGAAGGCAAUUCUGUCGAAAGCGUGACUAAAGCAUCAGAAAAAAUUGCAAGUAUACUUGAAGAGGCAGUGAAAAGCCCACGGCUUGAUUACUCUCACUUUAUAUCACUUCCACUGGCUAUUCACCCGGAACUGGUAGAGAAGCUAAACCAUUUUCAGAAUUCGAUCUUGGGGGAUGCUCCUUCUAGCCAAGAUGAUAAUCUAGAGAGUGCUUCAGAUGAAAAUGAGGAUGAGAAACAAUCAGAAAGUCCGAGUGUUGCAGUUAAUCUUGAAGUUCAAGAUGAAAAGGAAUGUAUAAGAGUGAAGAUAGAUACUGUAGACUCCAAGUCAAAUGAUCAAACUUCCAUCUUGUCUCAGGGUUUCUCUGCAAUUUGGCUAAAGCAUAGAAGCAUAGCUCUCUGCAGCUUAUAUAAAUGUAGUAGAGAAUGUCUUUUUUGUAGAUAUUCAGAUUUUGUACUCGUCAUCAGACUCAUUUUCUAUGAUUUGGGCAUUGACAGAUCCAUAUUUAUCAAACCUAGAACGUUCCACUUAACUGUUCUUAUGCUGAAGCUGUGGAACAAGGACCGUGUUGCUGCAGCUACUGAGGUUCUGCAGAGAAUAUCUUCGAAAGUAAAAGAUGCCCUGGACAAUCGACCUGUCUUUAUAAGACUCAAAGGGUUGACAUGCAUGAAAGGUUCACCAGCUAAGGUCCGUGUUGUUUAUGCUCCUGUUGCGGAAAUUGGUGGAGAGGGACGCUUGCUACGUGCUUGCCAAGUCAUUAUCGAUGCUUAUGUUGAAGCAGGACUUGUUCUUGAAAAGGAUGCUCAUCAAACAUUGAAGCUGCACGCCACCUUGAUGAAUGUGAGGCACAGGAAGAGGAAGAGGACUAGAAGACAUGAUUCCUUUGAUGCACGGCACAUCUUCAAGGUUCAUGGUUCAAAAGAUUGGGGUGAGUAUCUCAUCCAAGAAGUUCAUCUUUCUCAGAGGUUCAAAUUUGAUGAAAGUGGAUAUUAUCAUUGCUGUGCUUCGAUUCCUUUACCCGAGAACAUGCAAACUGAAUGAGCUCCACCUUCCUGGUUCAUAUAUUCAGGUAUACUGUGUUUAGAUAGUUUAUGAUAUCUGUGCAUCAGAUGUUUGUUCCAUGCAAAUUUCCAAUAAUUUUAUUAUAAUACUUUCUAGUUACUUUGUCAGGAAGAAAAAAGAUUGUGUAAUUUAUAUGCAAGCUUUUCUACUGACAUGGCAUUGUUGACGAUAAAUAUUUCACUUUGAUUUUUCUUAUUUAUGUAAUAUGAGUCUAUAUUACCUGUACUAUCAUCACAAAAUAAUUUAAAUGUGAUAAGGCGGUAAGAGCCAAAGACGGGUUAUAUUUUUCUA